CGAGACAGGAAGUAAAGAGAAAACAGAAGAAAAUUGAAGGGGAGGUCCAAGAGUUUAACUGAAACGACGCUGUAGUGUUUGAAUAAAACAUCAAAUAACUUCAGGCAGUGACAGUUUAAGACAAACAAAUGAUUUAAAUACCUUUUAGCUGCAUUGUGGUCUUUCCGGUCUGGAUUAUCGACGGGUUAGAAACUGUUAGGCGAUGUUCAUCCAUUAAUGGGAAUUUUCACGAAUCUUACCUUUAAUUUAUCUUUAAUUCGUCUGAGUGCAAUAAGACACAACAACAAGAUAAUCAUGGCAAGACGUCUUCAUGCAAGCAGAACAGAAGGAGUGGACAAAAACGUUUGGGUUGAAUUCACGAAGCUGGCAGCCGACUACAAAGCAGUGAACCUGGGUCAGGGGUUUCCUGACUUCUCCCCUCCAAAGUUUGUGCAGGAGGCGUUCUGCAGCGCUGUGAGUGGAGGACCCCUGAUGCACCAGUACACCAGAGCGUUUGGUCACCCACCUCUUGUAAAAAACUUGGCUAAAUUCUUCAGUAGGGUUGUGGGACAUGAGAUUGAUCCGUUUGAGGAUAUCCUGGUCACAGUUGGAGCGUAUCAGGCUCUCUUCAGUACAUUUCAAGCUCUCAUUGAUGAAGGAGAUGAGGUCAUAAUUGUCGAGCCGUUCUUCGACUGCUACCAGCCGAUGGUGAAGAUGGCGGGAGGGAAGGCAGUGUAUGUUCCUUUAAGGCCGAAAGUUGAGAGCGGUGCCGUCCUGACAAGUGGAGACUGGGUUCUCUCUCCUGAGGAGCUGUCCAGUAAAAUCACUCCUCGCACGAAAGCCAUCGUUAUCAACACUCCCAACAACCCGUUAGGCAAAGUUUAUAAGACUGAGGAGCUCCAGAUGAUCGCUGAUCUGUGCAUCAAACAUGACAUGCUGUGCAUCAGUGAUGAGGUGUAUGAGUGGCUGACUUAUGAUGGAGCAAAGCAUGUGAAGAUCGCAAGCCUGCCUGGGAUGUGGGAGCGAACCAUCACCAUCGGCAGUGGUGGAAAGACGUUCAGUGCUACUGGCUGGAAGGUUGGCUGGGCCAUCAGCUCUGGACAUAUCAUUAAGCACAUGAAAAUCAUUCAUCAGAACACCGUUUACCACUGUGCCACAGCUGCUCAGGAGGCAGUAGCGCAGGGGUUUGAGAGAGAGUAUGAGGUGUUUGGUACUCCAGAGAGCUACUUCAAGCAGCUGCCCGCGAUGCUGCAACACAAGAGAAACAAGCUGGCCUCAUGUCUGCAGGGUGUGGGUCUGCAGCCCAUCAUGCCUGAGGGAGGAUACUUUAUGAUCGCAGACAUCUCCUCUGUCAACGUGGACUUAAAUGACGAGAGCAAAGGGGAGGAACUCUAUGACUUCAGAUUUGUUAAAUGGCUGACUAAAGAGAAGGGUUUAGCAACCAUCCCCGUCUCUGCAUUUUACAGUCCAGAGCACGGCAAGGAGUUUGACAAGUACGUCAGAUUCUGUUUUGUGAAGGAGGACUCCACUCUGGAUGCAGCAGCAGACAUCUUGAAAAAAUGGAGUCAGGGGUAUAAACUGAUUGUAAUCAUGUCAGGACGGCUUGAUGCACACCGAACAGACGGUGUGGAUAAAAAUGUUUGGGUUGAAUUCACGAAGCUGGCAGCCGACUACAAAGCAGUGAACCUGGGUCAGGGGUUUCCUGACUUCUCCCCUCCAAAGUUUGUGCAGGAGGCGUUCUGUAAAGCUCUGAGUGGAGGACCCCUGAUGCACCAGUACACCCGAGUGUUUGGCCACCCCUCCCUUGUGAAAUCUCUGGCUAAAUUCUUCAGUAGGAUUGUGGGACGUGAGAUUGAUCCCUUUGAGGACGUUCUGGUCACAGUCGGAGCGUAUCAGGCUCUCUUCUGUGCGUUUCAAGCUCUAGUGGAUAAAGGAGAUGAGGUCAUAAUUGUCGAGCCGUUCUUCGACUGCUACCAGCCGAUGGUGAAGAUGGCGGGAGGGAAGGCAGUGUAUGUUCCUCUGAGGCCGACAGCUGAAGGUGGCGCUGUCGAAUCAAGUGGAGACUGGGUUCUCUCGCCUGAGGAGCUGUCCAGUAAAAUCACUCCUCGCACGAAAGCCAUCGUUAUCAACACUCCCAACAACCCGUUAGGCAAAGUUUAUAAGACUGAGGAGCUCCAGAUGAUCGCUGAUCUGUGCAUCAAACAUGACAUGCUGUGCAUCAGUGAUGAGGUGUAUGAGUGGCUGACUUAUGAUGGAGCAAAGCAUGUGAAGAUCGCUAGCCUUCCUGGGAUGUGGGAGCGAACCAUCACCAUCGGCAGUGCAGGAAAGACCUUCAGUGCCACUGGCUGGAAGGUCGGCUGGGCGAUGGGUUCUGGAAAUGUCAUCAAACAUCUGAAAGCCGCCCAUCAGAUGUCUGUGUUUGAUUGUGCAACCGCUGCUCAGGAGGCAGUAGCGCAGGGGUUUGAGAGAGAGUAUGAGGUGUUUGGUACUCCAGAGAGCUACUUCAAGCAGCUGCCCGCGAUGCUGCAACACAAGAGGAACAAGCUGGCCUCAUGUCUGCAGAGUGUGGGUCUGCAGCCCAUCAUGCCUGAGGGAGGAUACUUUAUCAUUGCAGACAUCUCCUCUGGUUUAGCGACAAUCCCCGUGUCUGCAUUCUACAGCCCAGAGCAUAGCAAGGAGUUCAACAAAUACGUCAGAUUCUGUUUCGUCAAAUCACAUGUGUGCGUAAAAAUGUCCACCAAUAUUGCAGCAAAAAGACCCAGCGUUGAAUCCUCUCAGACUGUAGAGAAGGUGGACUGGAAGAAAAGAAAAUCAGAAAUAAAAGAAACUCAGAAGCAAAGGAAAGAGGAGAAGCUGAUCAAGCAGCUGGAAAAGCAGAAGGAGACAGAGGCUGCAGAGGCUGCCAAAUCCCAACAGAGCCAAAACAAUAAAGGUCGGGCUUACACAGUCAGCGUGGCCUUGCCGGGCUCUGUGUUGGACAACGCUCAGUCUACUGAACUUCGCACAUACUUAGCAGGACAGAUCGCCCGAGCCUGCGUCGUGUUCUGUGUCGACGAGAUCGUUGUGUUUGAUGAACAAGGAGAAGAUGUCAAGAGCGUUGAAGGGGAAUUUAAAGGCGUCGGGAAGAAGGGACAGGCUUGUAUUCAGCUCGCCAGAAUACUUCAGUAUCUGGAAUGUCCCCAGUAUCUGCGCAAGUGGUUUUUUCCAAAGCAUCAGGAUUUACAGUAUGCAGGUUUGCUGAACCCUUUAGACUCCCCUCACCACAUGAGGAUAGAUGACCAGUCAGAAUACCGGGAAGGAAUAGUCCUCGACAGGCCGACCAAACAAGGAAAAGGCUCGAUGGUCAACUGUGGGAUGAGAAAGGACGUUCGGAUUGACAAACAGCUGCAGUCCGGACUUCGAGUCACAGUACAGCUCCAUAAAUCCCAGAAUCCAGAAAGCAAACUUUUUAAAGGGAAGGUGGUGGCUCCUCACCUGCCGAGGACUGAAGGGGGUCUCUACUGGGGCUACAGUGUCCGUCUGGCAUCUUGUCUCAGUGCAGUUUUCUCAGAAAGUCCAUAUAAGGAAGGAUACGACAUGACUAUAGGAACAUCAGAGAGAGGCAGCAACAUGGACCAAACAAAGAUGGCACCAUUCAAGCAUCUCCUGGUCGUUUUUGGAGGUCUUCAGGGAUUGGAGGCGAGUUUAGAUUCUGACCAGAACCUUGAGGUGAAUGACCCCAGUGUGUUAUUCGACCUUUAUCUCAACACGUGCCCAGGUCAGGGCAGCAGGACCAUUCGCACAGAGGAGGCCAUCUUGGUUUCCAUGGCAGGAUUGAGACCCAAAAUCACAGCUGCUUUUGCAGAUGUUUCCAAUGGUUCAAAAAAAUAAAUUGGAUUUGAAAACAUCGCUCACCGCUUAAAAAGCUUUGACCUCAAACGUCACAUCCCCCAUCAUCAGAGAAACUUUGGUUUUCAGAUUCCUCUUCUGUUCGUUUUAUUUCAGUGUGUCAGUGUUUUUGAAUUGUCCAGCAAAUUGUACAUAUUUAAAAAAUAAACUCCACAAGCUUUAA